AUGCCUCUAUAAUAUUCAGAUUUGAAGAUAUCCCUCUAUGCUUUGGGUUGCUAGGGUGCUCUAAAUGGUUGCUAGGAAGUGGCUAUGAAGUCUUGAAAAUGAUGCGUGAUUGGCAGUUUGCUGCCCAGAGUCAAAUGAGCCCACCCUCAUGUUUCUAUGACACUUCUAUCCAAAGAUAUUCAUUUGAUCUUUUUCAAUGGAAGUCUAUGGAGCUUGUUACUAAGGUGCUCUCUAUGGUUGCUAGGGCGUGGCUUGAUAGCUUUAAAAUGAUCCUGAUAGACUGAUUGGUUGCCUGAGUAAAAUGAGCCCACUCCCUUGUCUCUACGACAUUGUGAUCUAGAGUUAUGACUUGUCAAAUUUCGUCCCAAUGUUAAGUCUGGGAUUUUUCGCCCGCCAGACGAACAUUGUACACCCGAUCCCUUAGAAAAGUCAUAGCACACCAUUCCCGAAUAAUCCACACGAUUUGACACCUCAUUCGUGGGUCUGUGACAAAAGCUGCGGGAGGAGUAGCGGGUCAAACUUUUGUGUGGAAUAAUAAUAAUAAGUAUUUAGGAUAACAAUAGUGAUGCUUCGCCUUUGGCAAGCACCACUUAUAUUCAUACAAAGUAAAAAAAAAAAUGUUUAUUAGAGACCAUUAAUUUUUUUUAAUUUUUUUUUUACUUUGGUACAACUUAAAUUUUUAUUUUGUAAAACCCUAAUUUUUACUAUUAAAUCCAAUAUAGUUUUUAGCUGGAUUAGCAGAAUUGUUCAUCAGUAUGCGCAAUGUAUACAAUAAACCACUAAGUAAAGACAGGUGUCAAUACUGACCAAAAAAAAAAAUAAUAAUAAUAAUAAAUUCAGUGUCCACAGUGUAAGCAAGCACUACUCUUUAGCACCAUGGUAACAAUAACUUUAAAUGUCCAACUGAACAUUAAACAUUCAAGCACUGAAGCCUCUGUAAAAAUGUCACAUCACUAGUAUUGGAAAUGAUUUUCAACUUCCCUGUUAAGUUUUUUUUUUUUUUUUUGGAACAAAUAAACCCUUCUCAUUUUGCCUACUACCUGUUCAGCUUGUUCUUGGACCAACCACCACGCACAUACACACACACACACACACACACACACACUGCAACAGACAGCAUCUGUAUAGAAUUUGGCAAACAAAAUCAACCAGAAAUGCGGAAGGGGUGAGACGACACACACACACACACACACACACACACACACACACACACACACACACAAACUCCUGUUAAUUUCUGCUCAUUACUAUUGGUUUUAUUUACAUAUUUUUUGAAUAAUGUCUAAUUCUGAAGUUAAUUAUAUUUUUAAAUUUGGUUUAUUGAAAUAAAUAAUUUGUGAAUGUGGCAUUAAUGGCAUUUUAGUUUUAUUUUUGCAAAUUCAUGUGGUAUUUGGCAAGGAUCUGCCAGGCUCUCUCACUCUCUUCUCAUUCAUUUCUAAAUUACCUUUUACAUCUAAGACCAGGGUUUGUCAUUGGAGUCUUUUUUUUUUUCUUUCUAUUUACAGGAUACAUUCUCAGAUUGAGAACUGCUCAUCAUAACCUUCCUCCAUGGAAAUUUGAUAUUUAUUUCGAUUAAAUUUCCCUUUUUAGUUUUCUACUCAUAUCAAUUCACUUUUAAAUUUCCAAAUCAUUUUCUCAUUCAGCAUUUUAGUUUCAUUUCACCACAAGCUUUCUUGUUCAUGGCAACAUGCUCAUUUGGUUUCAUUUUCACUUUUUGCUUAUAAACAUCAUGGAUUGUGAAAAAGGUUAAUCAACUCUUUCAGUUUAACACCAUAAUUAAACUGGUUAGUAAUAACUAAUGCAGUUGCUUUUGAUUUAUUUCAAAAUCUGUGAUGCAUGUGCCCAUGCAGAAUAAUGAUGAAAAUGUAUGUAAAUGUGGAAUUUUGUAACAGAGGGUGUAGCUUCUUUUUUUCUUGGAAAUGCAAGUGACAAUGGAGAGGGAUUGUGAGGAAAUGAAACUCUACUGUACAUAAAUAGGAGGAGGGAGAGAAGCAGAACAGAGUCACUGAAGGGAAGAAUAAAGAAUUCAUACCUUUGAUUAAGGUUUGACAGCUGACACAAUCACCAUGACGACAGCCAUAGAUGUCUCUCGCCACCUUCAUUGCCCCAUCUGUAAAAACCUGUUAGCAGAUCCGGUCUCAACCAGCUGUGGACACACCUUCUGCAAGCGUUGUUUGGACCAGCACAUAAGCAUGUCCGAGCCACACUGCCCUAUUUGCCAGGAGCCUGUGUCCACUAAGCCAUCCGUGAAUGCAGCGCUUGACGCCCUCCUGCGGGAAUUCCACCAGACGCAGUUACCCGACCUGAACCUCUUCUGCGGAGAAAGAGGCGCGGUUCCGUGUGACAUCUGUGACGAGCACCUCACGUUCAAAGCUGUGAAGUCCUGCUUGAACUGUCUUCUCUCAUACUGCGAUCGACACCUGAAGCAGCACCAGUCUAUGCUAAGAUUCAAGGGCCAUAAACUGGUGAAUCCCUUGGAGAAGUUGGAUCAGAGAGCAUGCAAUGCGCACGGCAGGCCUCUGGAACUCUACUGCAGACGGGACGAGCGCUGCGUUUGCACCUUAUGUGUGAAGAUGGGUGGAGAUGUGAUACCUGUGGAGACAGAGAGAGAAAGGAGACAGGCUAAGCAGCAAAACACUAUUAAAGAGCUGGAAAGGAUGAUCAAUCAGAGGGAAAACAAACUCGAGGAGCUUAAGGAAUCAGCCACAAAUUACCAGGCUCUGAUAGAGAGAGAGCAGCAGGAGAUAAAGAAGGUGAUUGCUGCAGUGAUGGAGGCUCUGAAGAGCUCAGAGCAGGUGCUGCUGGCUCCUCUGGAGGACGGAAGGAAGUGUUUGGAGACGGAAAUGGAUGAGAAGACACAACAAAUGCAAAAAGACAUUCUCAAGUAUAAGGAGAUCAUCGAAUCUUUGAAUCGCACUAUGAAUGAGGAAGAUGACAUCUUCUAUCUCCAGUCUUAUCCGUCUGUGCCAACUGAGUUCAAAGAUGACUGGAUGGUGUCCCUUGACACUGAGUUAAACUUUGGCACAAUGAGAAAUCUAAGGGCAGCCUUACUGGCUGAGAUUGAGACUCACUUGGAGAAACUUUCCAUUGUUGAAAUAAGAAGAAUUCACAGCUUUUCAGUGGAUGUGACUCUGGACGCAGAAACGGCACAUCCACAUUUAGAGGUGUCUAGAGACGGCAAAGCAGUGAGAGACACUGGGAAAAACCACGACAUCCCAGGCAGUCCACAACAGUUUGACUUGGUCGGAGGAGUCCUAGGAAAGACUCGCAUCACGUCAGGAAGAGCUUUCUGGGUCGUGGAGGUGGGAAAGAAGGUGGGCUGGGAACUGGGGCUGAUGAGAGAAGGUGCGAACAGGAAAGGGAAAGUCUCCUACAGACCCAGCGAGGGUUACUGGGCCAUUGUGCUCUGCGGUCAGAACAUGUACGGAGCUUUAGAGGACCCUCCAGUCCAGCUGCAUCUCAACACUAAACCCCAGAAAGUGGGAGUGUUUGUGGACUGUGAGGAGGCUCUGGUCUCCUUCUAUGAUAUGAUGGCUAUGACACAUAUUUACACAUUUACUAAGUGCAGCUUUCAUGGCACUAUCCGUCCUUAUUUUAAUCCUCAUCCCAACAAAGACGGGAACAACUCAAGUCCAUUGGUCAUUUGUGCUGCCAAUCAAACUGACGUCUCUGUGUAAGAAAGGGCAAAUCUUGAUUUUGAAUCAGAAUGUUUAUUUUUUUAUAUAUAAUAAUGUUUAGUUCAUUGACACUUAUAUUGCUAGUAUGGUACCUUGAAAGAUUUACAGAAUGUAAAAAAAAAAAAAAAAAAAAAAAAAAGAUGAGGUGAAAAUUGUACAUCUAUCUAUCUAUCUAUCUAUCUAUCUAUCUAUCUAUCUAUCUAUCUAUCUAUCUAUCUAGUCUGUCUGUCUGUCUGUCUGUCUGUCUGUCGAAUAUUCAUAUGAAUGUUACUAGCCUACCUGUAACUUUAAAUGGCAAUUAAACUUGCUUAUUGACCUUGUGGGGACCUUGGGGAAAACAGCUUAUAAAUCAUACUAAAUUAUGUUGUUUUGUUUUUUUUUGUUGUUGUUGUUGUUUGUUUGUUUGUUUGUUUGUUUGUUUGUUUUUUUGGAAAAUGAAAAAAUAGAUUUCUGUUAGGGUUGUGUUUAGGGGUUAGGGUUAGUUGCUAGAAUAUAAAGUCUGUAUAGUAUAAAAAUUAUUUUGUCUAUGGAAAGUCACCAUGAAACAUGGAAACCCAACAUAAAUAAAUUCUAUAAAUGAUGUCUUGAAAAUAUAAAAACACAGUAUAAAAAACA